AUGUUCUUCAAACACACAGUUGCCGUCUUGAGUGCGGUAGCCACUGCACUCGCUGCACCUCACAGCAAGCGUGCCAAUGGCUUCAACUGGGGCCACGAGGUCAUGCGUGGAGUGAAUAUCGGUGGAUGGCUGGUCCUCGAGCCGUGGAUCACUCCCUCAAUCUUUCAGGCCUAUCCCAUGUCGCAAGGCAUCGUCGAUGAAUACACCCUUGGCCAGAGCCUCGGCCAAGAUGCUGCAUACAAUGUCUUGAAGCCUCACUGGGAUUCCUGGGUGCAACUUGCCGAUUUCCAGAAGAUCGCAAACUCGGGUUUCAACGUCGUGCGUAUUCCUAUUGGUUACUGGGCAUACGACAACGCCAACAGCCCUUACGUUUCCGGAGCAGCUCCCUACAUGGAUCAAGCCAUUGAGUGGGCAAGACAGACUGGACUGAAGGUCAUUGUUGAUUUGCACGGUGCUCCUGGCUCUCAGAAUGGCUUCGACAACUCUGGUCACCGUACAAACAACAUCGACUUCCAGCAAGGAGACAACGUGCAGCGUACUCUGGCCGUCCUCCAGACUAUCCAGAACAAGUACGCCGAUUCCUCCUACGAUGACGUUGUCGCUGGUAUCGAGCUUCUCAACGAGCCUCUGUCCUCGGUCAUGAAUCUGGACGACCUCAAGCAAUUCGAGCGCAAUGGUUUCGGUCAGCAGCGCACCGUCUCUAAGUCUCGCGUGGUUGUUAUCCAGGAUGGAUUCCAACCUCCUAGCUCUUACAACGGCUGGUUGACUCCCAGUGACGACAACUCUCAGAACGUCGCUCUUGACCACCAUGAAUAUCAGGUCUUCACCGACGAACUUGUCGCCAUGCAGCCUUGGCAGCACCGUCAAUAUGUCUGUAACAACGCCAAGCAAUACUCAGGUGCCGACAAGUGGACUUUCGUUGGCGAGUGGUCGGCAGCUAUGACUGAUUGUGCCGCUGCUCUCAAUGGCUACGGCAUCGGUGCUCGCUACGACGGUACAUACCCCGGCAGCAGCUACGUUGGUUCUUGUGCCAGCAUCAACUACAUCGAUCAGUGGUCCCAGACUCUGAAGGAUGAUACCCGCGGAUACAUCGAGGCCCAAAUGGAAGCAUUCGAGGCCAACACCAUUGGCUGGAUCUUCUGGAACUUCAAGACCGAGGCAUCGCCCGAGUGGGAUGCAUUCCGUCUGAUCGACGCUGGCGUCUUCCCUCAACCUCUGACCAGCAGAAAAUUCAGCCAGAUCUGCUCUUCAUGA